UGGAUAAACCGAAGUAAACUACUCUCUGUGGACAUAAGGAACAGUUUUCAGAUGAAUCGGAUUCCGAUGAAACGGCAAGCUCUUAGAACUGUAGGGGCUGAACUGACGUUAUGACUCUGUACUGGUUGGUUUUGGUUAGUUUUGCUGGGUUGAGUGUUUGCCAAAGUGCCCGUCCCAACAUAGUGAUGGUGAUGAGUGAUGCAUUUGAUGGCCGACUGUCCUUCGAUCCACUCAGGAAAGUUGUCCAUCUGCCAUAUCUAAACUACCUCAGGGAGCUUGGCUCCACCUUCCUUAAUGCCUACACCAACUCACCCAUCUGUUGCCCCUCAAGAGCAGCAAUGUGGAGCGGUCAGUUUGUCCACCUCACUCAGUCAUGGAACAACUACAAGUGUCUCGAUGCAAACGCAACCACAUGGAUGGAUGUGCUGGAGAGGAAUGGAUAUCGAACUAAGAUGAUUGGAAAGCUGGAUUUUACCUCGGGAAGUCACUCUGUAAGUAACCGUGUUGAGGCGUGGACACGAGAUGUUCCGUUCCUCCUGCGCCAAGAGGGCCGUCCUGUUUCCCAACUCGUUGGGAAUACGACAACCGCCAGGGUCAUGAAGAAAGACUGGAAAAACACGGAUGAAGCCACACGGUGGAUCCGUCAGACUGCUGCAUUCCCAGACCAGCCCUUUGCUCUGUACCUUGGCCUAAAUUUACCUCAUCCCUAUAGAACCGACUCUCUGGGGCCCACGGCAGGUGGAUCCACCUUCCGUAGCUCACCGUACUGGCUCAGAAAGGCACGCAUUGUGUCUUCUGAGCUCAUUUCCGUUCCCAAGUGGCUGCCACUGGCUGCCAUGCACCCUGUUGAUCACUACUCCACUUUCACUAAAAACUGCAGCGGGGCCUUCACUGAGGAAGAAGUUAAAAGCGUCCGGGCCUUCUAUUACGCCAUGUGUGCUGAAGCAGACGCCAUGCUGGGUCAGGUGAUUUCUGCUCUGCGAGAGACGGGGCUGCUCAACAGCACAGUGUUGAUCUUCACGGCUGACCACGGAGAAUUAGCCAUGGAGCACCGGCAGUUCUACAAGAUGUCAAUGUAUGAAGGCAGCUCCCAUGUCCCCCUGCUCAUCAUGGGACCUGGGAUAAUGUCUGGCCUUCAGCUCAGCCAGCCUGUGUCUUUGGUCGACCUUUAUCCUACCGUGCUUGAAAUUGCUGGCAUUUCAGCUCCUGGCAACUUAAGUGGCCACUCGCUUCUUCCUUUAAUAUCCAAAUCUAAUGAUUUCCCUGAGAAGCAGCAUUCAGACUGGGUACUAAGUGAAUACCAUGGUUGUAAUGUUAAUGCCUCUACAUAUAUGCUGAGAACUGGCAAGUGGAAAUACAUUGCAUAUGCCGAUGGGCUGAGCGUCCCUCCACAACUUUUUGACCUAAAAUUGGAUAAGGAUGAACUUCACAACGUCGCUCUCAAAUUCCCAGAUGUUCAGGCACAUCUCGACAAGCUAUUACUUAGCAUUGUAGAUUAUCCAAAAAUCUCUAAGGCUGUUCAUCUCUACAAUAAGAAGGCAUUUGGUGCAUGGCGCAAUAGUUUGGGGAGAAACUACAGCCAGGCUAUUGCUAACCUCAGGUGGAAUCUAGACUGGCAAAAAGAUGUAUUUAACAACGAGAAAGCUAUUGACACAUGGCUGUAUGGAUCAUCAUAAGAACUGCAAAACUAUUUGGCAGUAAAAAUGUGUGUCUCAAUGAGCUGGAAUUGCACUAUUUUGUUUUAGUUAUGUUACCUAUGAGUAUUUUUCAUGACAUAUGCGUUUUAUGACUUGAGAUUUGACUAAACAUGGAUAUUUUUUUAAUCUAUCAGUGGGAUCUUGAAUUGCAAUGUUGUAUUUAAAAACUAAUUUCUCCGUAUGUGUUUAAACUUCAAUAAAUAAAAUUUUUAUGAUCUG